AUGCGAGAGAAAAGGCUGACCACCGUGCCCCCAAGUAUAAAAGAAGAUGAGUUUGAAGAUUAUUUAGCUACUGAUGACAUACUUGUGGACUUCUUCAAUGAAUUUUUGAGUCUCCCGACCUUUGCAGAGACGAUUAAAUAUAAUCCCGAUUUUGGAAUUUUUGAAGUCGCGAGUGAUGCUCCAGGAAGGAUAGAAAACCAGCUGAAAAAGUUGUUAUAUGAACAGAAACCUCGGAAUCCCAUUUAUGAUGUUACAAGGCCAACAAAACCAGAAAUUCCUCUUUCUAAAGAUCCCAGUCGUCCGCUAUUGCCACCACCACCGCCAUACUUAAAUGUUGAUCUGAACUAUGUCGCAAUGUGUUUGGAUCGAGAACAAGCCAUUAAAUGGAUUAAAAAGGAGAGAUUGCCUGCAUUUUUAGAAAGCGAUUGUUACCUUGAGUACAGGUUAGCUAAACUCAUAUCACAGGUGGAAUGGAGCAGAACAGGUGUGAAUUUUAUGAUAGAUACAAAAUAUUAUCCUUGGUUCACCAAACCCCCAGAACCUGCAGAACUGUCAGAAGAAGAUGAAGAUGACAUGAUUAUGAGAAAGUUCUAUGUCUCUCUUGGCCAGGCUACUGUCACCCAGACAAAGGAUUGGUUUACUCUAGCCAGACAAAGUGAGCAGAUGAUCACUACAGAUUCUAUUACUCAUCCUCUGUCAUCUUCCCAUGUUCGUUUUUCUUUUGAUGCUUUGAAGACACCAUCAUUUUUCGAUUUCAGAGCUCAAGAAAUCAUGCCUACACUUUCUUCUACCAUUCUCAAUGCAACUUCCUUCACAAGUGGUCAUUCAGACAUGGAUUCCAAGCUUAAGAAGAAGCAACAACAAGCAAGUCCUUCCCUUUCUCAGCGGACCAGAGCCAGGCAAAGCAUAGAUGAGGGCAAGUCUAUAUCAGUUCCUGAUACUCCUUCACACACCAUGUUAAGAGCAUAUGUAGGACAGAACUGGGAUGUUGCUUCUCAGGAAGGAAUACGCGAUGACAAUGAUCAAUAUCAAGAACUUGCAUGCUUUCGGACCGUAGAUGAGUUUUCAUUAGCCUAUGCUCAGUAUAUACUUAGGAACUCUAUUGCUAUAGUCACUGGACUGCCUCCCGAAGUCAGCCCGACAGAUGUCAACUUCAGUAGAGUGUCAAGAGUCCUUAUAUAUGAAAUAGAAGACAGUCGUCCUUUCAUGGAGCCUAUGCUAGAAACCCCUGCCAUAAUUGGGGAUGAUGCGUUGGAAAGACAGAGUGAAAUCAGCACAAAAUCUGAAAAAGAUAGCAGUGAAACCAGGGCAUCCUGGUGUAUAAGUCACAAGACUUAUGAUAUUGGUAACAGGCAUGAGUUUGAGAGGUUCAAGAGAUUCAUCCAAGGGACUUUGGGUGAAAGAUACUGGUGGCUCUGGAUGGACAUAGAAAGAUUGAAGAUCCUUAAAGAUUCCAAAAGGCAGAAAAGACAGCUUGAGAGGAUGAAAAAAAUCUAUUUAGUGAGCAGUGGAGAUUAUUUCCUUACCUCUGAAGUUCUGCAGAAACUAAACCUAGAGGAUGGAGAUCAGUGGAACGUGCAUAACCUGAGGCAUAUUCAGCCUGAAGUAGUGAAACCUUUGCUUCUGUAUUGGGGUCCCAGAUUUUGUGUCAUUCAUACAGCUGCCAUACAGACUAUAAAUAACAAGCUGAAAAUCUGGCAUUUACGACAACAGAAGCCACGAGUGGAUGUGGAUCCUUUUCCACAGAUGGUGUCGCUGUUGCCACUGAGACCUAAAUCCUGCAUGCCAAAAACUACAUAUUUCUUUGAGAGAGAAGAAAUUAUUUCACCAGCACCUCUGUCAAGAGGAGCUGUAGAUACAUAUCCCCCAAGACCUCCCAGAUUGUUAUCGGCAAUCCUGCCACGAAGUCAGAGUGCUGUUCGGGAAGAUCCUGAUGGCUUCUUUGAUAGAGCCGAUAUUAGUAGACAAAGACCGGCAACAGUGGGCAGCAACUUGACUCGCCAUACAACAUGUCCAGACAAGACAGAUUAUCUGAAGCCACAGCUAGAGAGAAAAUACACCUAUGCAGAAGUAAUCCCAGGUAAAAUAUCCCAAGAUAUUGACGAACUGGGAAGUUCUACAAUGGAGAGAAUGCUUCAGUCCCUUAAUACUGAGAACAGAGCAGGCUAUGUCUUUACAAACUUUUGUGAAAAGUCAGAAAAUACGCUAUGGAAGAACAGCACGUACUUUUGGUUUGACCUACAGGAUUACCAUCAGCUUUUCUAUCAGGAAACUCUCCACCCUUUCAAAGUCUGCAAACAAGCUCAAUUCCUUUAUGCUAAUUAUAUUGCUCCUUCUGCCACUAUGGAUAUUGGGCUAAAGCAGGCUAUCAAAACAGAGAUUUAUUCAAAAAUUGAGCCACCAUUUGAAGAUCUUUUUGACUCGGCAGAAGAACACAUCCUUACUCUUCUAUUAGUUCCAUGGAUGAAGAUGGUGGAACAAGACAGAGAAAUCUAUAGGAAGGUGGAGCUGGUGGAAGAAACCCGACAGCUGGACUCAGUGUUCCUUAAAAAGCUGCAGGCUUUGCAUGAAAAAAGUAUUUCCAAGAAGAGUGAGAUUUUGGCAGUGAAAGAAGACGAGAUCCUAGAGCCCUCUGAUUCUGCUAAAAUUGCAGAACGCCCAAGUCUGAUCCUCCCCGAAGAGUAUAAGUCGUACAGCAUUUUUGAAUUGUUGCGCAACCGGCUGGCCCUGGAACAGUUCAGACUCUUUCUUGAACAGCAGUCCGCCAGUGUCGACCUCAUGUGUUGGAUAGACAUUGAACAGUUCAGGAGGAUGCUCCAUAAAAAUAAAGCACAGCGAGAAGAAAAAUGUAAGGAGAUUAAAAAUAAAUAUCUAAAUAAGAAAUACUUCUUUGGACCUGACAGUCCAGCAACAAAAGAGGAACAAGAACAGAUAAUGAAAUUAGGUGGAGGAUGGGGACAAGUACUUCAUGAACUGGUUCGUCCUGUGGUCCUGCUAGAGGUUCAAAAAAGCAUCCAGACGAGGCUUGAGAAAAAGUGGCUGCCACUAUAUUUUGGAAGUGAAGAACAAGGACCACCAAAAAAACCAAAGCCACGCUUUCAUGAUGCUGCAGAAGAUAUUUUGAUACAGAGAUUUGAGAAGAAAUUUGAACCCUGGAAGCAUGUGGACAAUAAGUGGAUUUCUUCAUCUCGGGAAAUAAUUACUUUCCGCAAAGCCCUGUUGAAUCCCAUCACGGCCUUUCAGUUUCAACGCUUUGUGUCACUGAAAGGAGAUUUACUGGAAAACGGAGUAAUCUUCUGGCAGGAGGUGCAGAAAUAUAAGGAUAUGUGCCAUGCUCAUUGUGACGACUCUAUAAUCCAGAAUAAGAUCACAUCAAUCAUCAACUGCUUCAUUAAUUCACCCCUUCCACCAACAAUUCAGAUUGACAUACCUGAAGAUCAAGCCCAGAAGAUUGUUGAGCAAAGGAAAGAACUAGGCCCUUAUGUAUUCAGGGAGGCACAGAUGACUAUUUUUGCACUUCUCUUUAAAUUUUGGCCAAAAUUUUGUGACUUCCGAAGCAAUUUGGCUGAUGAGAAUAUUCUGCCUCUUCUGGACAAGCGAAGAGAGAAGAAAUUAGAAAAAAUGAGGAGAGCGAGAGAAGCAGAAGACAAGGCCCUAGGUGCUAAGACGAGAUCUGCCACAUCUUUAAAAAGAAGCGGCCUUGAAGGGACAUCAUCGCUUAUGGCUUCCGGUCUUGCAGCUAGGCGACAGAGUAAAAGUGAACUUUCAUCUACACCAAGCUUUACUGGAUUUGGCAGACAGCUUUCCUGGAAUUAUUCGAAGUACCUAGAAGCGCUCCAGCAAGAAAGAGUUCUCCUGAAGAUUCAGGAUGAUCUAGAGAAAAAAGCAGCUGUGCCACCAACUUAUGCAGGGAUGGCACCCCUUUUCCCGCUGAAGACCGACCACCAUGUGGUCCACGCUGCACCUGAACGUCCAGUUCACACAGCACCCUUCACCUCAGCCUUUGUCAGGCAGCAACGUCCCUAUCCAUCCAAAGACAAUGAAAGAACUCCAAGAAAUUAAGGAAGGUGAUGAAGAAAUUAUGCAUGGAUUUGCAGCCAUUAUAGGAAUAAAUCAGUGCAGGUUAUUAGCUUUUGCUCAUGUUCAGAGAAGGCUGACAUCAUCUGUCUUCUAAUAGAGUCGUUGAUGGAAGAGAAACGGGCUCCAAUGGCAACCUUAUUUAUUGUGGGAUUAUGUCGUCGCUAUUUUUAUUUUGUGAAGGAAUUCUAGUCGAGCAAGUGUUGUUAAGGCUAGAUUUGGACUCAAUGACAUGUCACACACAUUGCAUUUAAAACAUUCAGUUCCUGCUAUUUCUAUGGGCCCUUCCACACAGCCCUAUAUCCCAGUAUAUCAAGGCAGAAAAUCCCACAAUAUCUGCUUUGAACUAAGUUAUCUGAGUCCACACUCAGAUAA